AAAAAAAAUCUGGUUGCCAUGAAUUUCAGCUAGCUAGCCACAGACAACUGUCAGCACACUAGAGUAAAAACAUCCAUGUCAAGACACAAGGAGGAUUUUCGAAGUCUCCUGCUGCUUCUGUGUACAUAUAGGGGCACUCCAGCCUGCCUGCCGACCUACUGUGAAUCGAUCCAGCUGGCUCAGUGACUAGACCAGAAGACCUUGGCACCAUUGUGUGCCAGUUCAUUUCAAGACCCAGGGAUUUCUGAAUCCAGAAGAUGAACGGUCUGUCCAUACGAGAGCUAUGCUGCCUGUUCUGCUGCCCCCCUUGCCCCAGUCGCAUUGCAGCCAAACUGGCUUUCCUCCCUCCAGAGCCCACCUAUGCCCUUCUCCCUGACCCAGAUCCAGGUUCUGGAGCUGGAACUGCAUCUGGGUCCAGCUCCGCAGCUGCUCUGCCAUCUCUUGGAGCCCCAGGGCUGCGUUCCCGGCUGGGCACUGGUAGCGGAGGUGACAGAGGAGGUGGGAGUGAAGGCAGGUGGAAGCUGCAUCUCACUGAGAGAGCAGAGUUCCAGUAUUCACAGAGGGAACUGGAUGUGACAGAUGUAUUCCUGACUAGAUCCAGCCGAGGGAACAGGGUUGGAUGCAUGUACAUUCGCUGUGCCCCCAACGCCAGGUUUACAGUGUUGUUUUCCCAUGGUAAUGCUGUAGACCUGGGCCAAAUGAGCAGCUUCUACAUUGGCUUAGGCACACGGAUCAACUGCAACAUCUUCUCCUAUGAUUACUCAGGCUACGGUGUUAGCACUGGCAAGCCCUCUGAGAAGAACCUUUAUGCUGACAUUGAUGCCGCCUGGCACGCUCUGCGCUCCCGGUAUGGCAUCAGCCCCGAGAAUAUCAUCCUAUAUGGACAGAGCAUCGGCACAGUGCCCACAGUAGACUUGGCGUCACGGUUUGAGUGUGCUGCUGUGGUCCUUCACUCUCCUCUCACCUCUGGAAUGAGAGUGGCUUUCCCUGACACCAAGAAAACAUACUGCUUUGAUGCCUUCCCCAACAUCGAGAAGGUGUCAAAGAUCCCGUCUCCGGUGCUCAUCAUCCACGGUACAGAGGACGAGGUGAUCGACUUCUCUCACGGUCUUGCCCUGUUUGAGCGCUGUCCCAAGGCUGUGGAGCCCCUUUGGGUGGAGGGAGCCGGUCACAACGACAUUGAGCUUUACAGUCAGUACCUGGAGAGGCUACGGCGCUUCAUUAACCAGGACCUGGCUGCACAGCAUGCCUGAGAAACAAACAGCCUCUCUGAGUUUGAAUGAAUGAGACUUUGUGUGUGUGUGCGCGCGUGUGUGAGAAUGAGACUGAGUGAGAAAGAGGAAGUCAGCAUGUUUGCAAAGUAUGGGUGAGAAAUACCUAAAAAGGGUGUGCGAUUUUUGCCACAUCUGUGUGUCUUCGAAACAGCACACCUUAAGGUUAAUUUUUAACACAACCUAUCCUCUGUUCCUCUGUUUAAAAGGUGAUAUUGUUUUUUUUUUUUUUUUUUUUUUAAUUAAUCAUGUCAUUAGCUCUAUCCAUCUGUAUGGUGGAGUGUGGUGAAAAUGCUAAGAACAAGAACUGACAUGAAACAAAGGCAGUUUUAAACGUGGGGAAAAAUUAUGGAUUGCAGCUUUAAAAUGUGUUUACUCACAUUGCUUAAGAAGGAAGAAGAUCGUGCUUUGUUCAAAAAGGCACACAGAUUUAAUUUUUAAGUGUGACAUGUUGGUGAAUGUAUGAAUUGUGGAUGUGUAUGUUUAGCAUAUAUUCAUAUCUCCAUGGACCUGUGACAGCUGAAUAAUGCGUGCAUGUGUGUGACUGUGUGCGUGAGAAAGAGAGAACGAGGCAGCGCUGAAAGAAAUGGACAUCCUGAUUCUGACUUGGACAGCUGCAAGUGGAGGAGGCUUAUGGAGACUUAUCAAUAUUAGUGUUUUUUUCUUUUUGCCAGUGUAUGUAUGAAGAAUACCUCCACAGCUUGACCAGUUCUCUCUCUGGUGGACAAACACUGGUCAAGCAUGUGCCCUACCCCCCCCCCCCCCCCCCCCUCAUCCUCCUACACUCCCUGUUUACCUGUUAAUGGACAUCCAUCUGACUGCCAGGGCAUUUCCCAAGUUGUUGUCCAGCUAACACUAACCUACUCUUUCUGUGUGGUUUGGGGGUCCAUCUUCUAUCCUUUGGUGUCAGUUACGGCAGAUACACAUGGGGACUAGUCUGGAAUACUGUCAUAGCUUGUAUGGCUGUCGGGUGUCUCAUACUUUCCUCUCCCUCAACUCUGAGUCUUUGAGAAGAUCACAGAAUGGCCAGCUUCCAUUUAAUUUCCUGGCUGUGCUGUAGCUUUAGCCUUUUACUGUCCACAGAAUUGCAGCAGCAACUUACGGGGGAAUGAUUUUGAUUUCCCUGUUUUGCUUUUUCCCACCCAGUCCUACAUAUUCUGAAUAAGAAUGAUGGUGUGGUUGAAAUGAAAGCAGGUCUGUGAGAACCACACUGAGGACAUCUGUGGCUAUAUGGAUAUUUCUUAGGCAAUAGUGAAACAGCACUAAAAGUGAAGGUUUAUUCAGUAAUUUUUAUGUCACUUUAGAUCAGUGUGCUCUGAACAGAAGGAUUUAGCCACUGUUUACUGAUGUAUGAUGUUUAAAGGCUGGGCAGACUGUGCUGACUUAGGAACAGCAGGAAGAAUUAAAGGAAUAUGUUUUUAUCUUUUUUGUUAAGAGUUAGAUGAGAAGAUUUAUACCGCUCUCAUCCAGGAAGUAACAACCGCACAUAACCUGCCAUAAAACCACAGAGGUGCUGAUAGGCAUGGUAAACUGGUGUUCUGUUACCUUUGGACACAGCCAGGUUAGCUGCCCCCUCCCUCCCUGUUUCCAGUCUUAAUGCUAAGCUAAGCUAACUGGCUGCUGGCUGUGGCUUCAUAGUCACCAUACAGACAUGAGAGUUUUAUGAAUCUUCUCAUCUAAUCAAGCAUAUUCCCCAAAUGUCAAACUAUUCUUUUAAGGUUGAAGCCUGGUUGUUGAAUAUGUCUGUGAAUAAUUUGUAGAAUAAUUUGGUGAACAGACCCUUUUGGAGUUUGACGUUCUGGCUGGAUUUGGAGGUUUUAAAGGUAUUACAAGACAGAGAGCUGCUCAGUUCACCAAACUUGACGAAUCACGCUUCAUCAGAAUCAUACAGAUGAACUUAACUUGUAGUCUUACAGCACAGUUUGUUUUCCAAGUCUCGUUCCAGUAGCACUCAUCACCAGAGUUGAACGGCCUCCUGUUCACAUUCACCCUCAGCGCAUUUUCUUCUAAUGUUUUUGUCUUGAUGUGAUUAAUCCAAACGUGUUUGUCGUAGUGUAGGGCCAUGGACCGUUUGUUUCAGGACCAUGUGUGUUGAUGUUAUGACUAACAAUGUGAUUCAGAUCCGGUGCCGGGAUGGGGGACUUCAUGUCUACUAUAGCUCUGUUUUAACCUCUGUGGCCCUAAAUGUAGGAGCUCUCUUAUGGGUGGCAGCACGCUUCAUGUCUGACACAAGCCAUAUUUGAGCCUCUCACUGUUGGUGUGGUGCAGGUUCCACCACACACACCUUUGCACAUCAUCAUCUCACACACACACACACACAUACAAACACAACAUACACACACACAUAAUACACGUACUGUAGUAUACAGUAUAUUUACACAUUUAUAUAUAUCAGAUCAAGCAUGACAAAAGCAGGUCUUAAGUUCAGCACUAUUGUACAAAGCAUCCAAAGUGUAAUAAGGGUAUAAAAUGUAAGUUUUGUGUGUCUUCUUCAUUAUUAUUGACUGUCUUCUACAGGCCAGCAUUAAGGAUACUAGCAUCCUGUUUGAAUAAGUACUAACAGGCCCUGUGUGUAGACCUGAAAAAGUACAAGAAUUAGGUUUUAUAGUCACAGGCUAGCACCAGAUUUCAGAUCUACACAAGGUGUCUGCCGCACAGGAGACCCAUCAGUUUCAGUGAUAGUAGCUGCGUUUUGUUAAGGGAACAUGUACUGAACUAGCACUGACCUGAUUACUCCAUUUUGGGAGUACAAGUGGGUCUUAGCAAACAGUGGAAAGGUUAUAAAACACCACUUGUUUGCUAUCAUCGUUUCAAACAGGGAAUUUCUCCAUCCUCAUCCUGUGCUUUGUGUCUCCGAUAUGUAAAUAAUGGAAAUCUGUUACCAUCUUGAACCAGGGAUCUGAGCUGUCAGAAGAAUUAGAGUUAUUGCUUUUCUCUGGAAAUAGAAGUAGGCCUCAGUUUUUCCUGGACAGGUCGUUAUUAUCAGGGAAACCACUGGAUCCACUUUUCAACUCAUUGGGGUUUGGUUGAAGAAACGGGGUGGAAGUUUGCGGUUUUAUUGAUGCACCACUAUAUUUGAAGUACAUUGUAUCAUCUGGCCCUGAAUGUUUAUUGAUGGGGGGUGGGGGGGGGGGGAGAAACAGUGAAAACUGUAUGCAUGUCUAUUGUGUUUUGCCGAGCAAUUGAUGGGGCGGGACGUUAUCUCUAUUAUGUAUUCUGUGUGAGGAUAAAGCUGAACUCAUGGCAUUGGAACAUUGAAGCGCUUUAAAAAAAAAUACAAAAAAAACGGGACGUCUAUUUGAAUUUUUUUAUUGCUGAUACUAACUGAUGUAUUGUUAUGAGUUUUGUGCUAGAGUUUGAGUGGGGCAGUGGAGGGC